AUGACCCCUGGGGGCACCAAAACUGUAAGGUCCCCUGGCGGCGCCACCAUCCCUGGCCCCUGGGAGCGCUGUCGCCCUGAGACAACCCCUGGGGGCGACAUAGCCUCUGGCUGGGCCCUUUUGGGUGCCACCACCCCAGGGAGGGUCCCUGGCGGUGCCACUGCCCCUGGAAAGGCCUCUGGAGUUACCAACACCCCUGGGAGAGCUCCUAGGGGCGCUGAGGCCCCAGGGAGGGCUCCUGGAAGCUUUGCCGGCACUAGAAGGGUCCUAGAGGGAGCACUUGACCUUGGGAGGGCCCCUGGGGGAGCUGUUUCCCCUGGGAUAACGCCUGGCGGGGCCACCGCCCUUUGGAGGGCCCCAGCCGUCCCUAGGAUGACCACUGGGGGCACCACGACUGGAAGGUCCCCCGACGGCGCCACCGUCCCUGGUAGAUCCUCUGGUGGCACUGCUGACCUUAAGGAGCGCCUUUGCCUCUGGGAGGUCUCCUGGCAGCAGUUAGUUUUCUCUAUUUAG